GCGGCCACCAAUGACCUCAACAUGACAGAUUCGGGAGAUCGACCGGCCUUAUGCGCAUCGCCAUGGAAAGCUGUCUUCAGCUGUUUUCUAGUACUUACCCCUGGAUAACUGAAGGCUGUGAAUAAUUAUUCUUGAUUCAUCUAUCAAACAUGGCUACCACUCUACUCAUUACUGGAGCCACCGGAAACCAAGGGGGUGCGGUCAUUAAUGCUCUGCUGGCGCAGGACGCAGACGUUGAGAUCCUCGCCGUGACCCGCAACCCGCAGUCAGGAACAUCGCAGAAGCUUGCCGGAAAGUCUCCCAAAAUUAAGCUAGUUCAGGGCGACCUUGAUCAUCCAUCGGAGAUCUUCGAAAAUGCGAAGAAACUCGCCACUCGGCCCAUCUCUGGGGUCUUUAGCGUUCAGAACCCUAUGGCGAAAGGCCAAAAUGUAGACAAAGAAGAAGUCCAAGGUAAAGCCUUGGUUGAUGAGUCCAUCAAGCAAGACAUCAGACACUUUGUCUACAGCUCCGUCGAUCGCGGUGGUGAUGCCUCCACGGACAAUCCAACCAAUAUCCCUCAUUUCAUCAGCAAACAUCGCAUCGAACACCAUCUGUUCGAGCAAACCAAGGAUGGAGCCAUGACAUGGACUGUCCUCCGUCCGGUGUUCUUUUUUGAGAACCUUGUCCCGAGCUUCAUAGGCAAGCUGAGCGCCACAGCCUGGGAUGCCUACCUGCAGGGCAAACCGCUGCAGUGCGUUGCGGUCAGCGAUAUUGGGGUGUUUGCAGCCAAGGCUCUUCUCGAGCCACAAAACUACAAGAAUCAGUGUAUUUCUCUCGCCGGAGAUGACUUGACAUUCGAACAUAUGCAGAAGUUGUUCAAGGCGAAGACGGGGGAGACGAUGCCAACCACAUACCGGGUGGUCUGUUAUGUACUGAUGUGGAUGGUCACUGAUUUGCGGCUUAUGUUCAAUUGGUUCUACAGUCAUGGCUACGGAGCAGAUAUUCAGGGUCUAAGGAAGAUACAUCCUGGCCUGAAGAACUUUGAAGCGUGGCUGGAAGAGGACAGCGAAUGGGUGAAGCACUGAUAUGGUCUGAUACCACUGCGCUCCAUUAUUGACUUCUGAAAAGUUUCAGAUUGGUAACACUGUCACUUAAUGUACCAGCAAUGUUUGUUGUACUACUACUACCUACUUCAGCUGCUGCCUGGGCUGCAGUUUCUAUCAAUCUGUAUGGAUACCUAAUGUUGAAUGAUAAUCCCUGGGUGGUUGUACAACUUAAGUCCUCAUAACCUCUGGAUACGGGAAAU